AUGGCAUGGAACAACAAACUGCUAAUUUGCGCAGAACAAUGCGCACUGAACAACCUGAGCAUAAUGGCGAAGAGAAACUUCGCAAGCGACAACCUCAGAUCCUUAUCGCUCCGAAUGAAGUCAAUCAAGUCCAUCCAGAAAAUCACGAAAGCAAUGAAAAUGGUUGCCGCAUCCAAAUUUAAAGGGGACCAAAGAAGGUUAGAAAAUUGCAAACACUUCUCUACCCCACUAACAGAUAUAUUUAACAAAUUAAACAAACAAGAAAUGCACAAAAAAAAUGAAGACCUUGCAAUCGUCGCCAUCUCAUCAGACAAAGGACUAUGCGGUAGUGUCAAUUCUUCUGUCUCUAGAGUUUGCAAAAAAUUAUUAGAAAAUGAACAAGUGGACAACGAACUUGUCAAUAACAUUGCCCCCAAUAAAAUUUACGUGUAUGGUAUAGGAGAAAAAAUCAGAUCAGCUUUAAAUAGAUUGCAUGGAGAUAAAUUUGAAGCCAUCUACAAUGAGUACAAUAAAAUUCCCAUAAAUUUCCUCACAUGUGCAUAUAUUGCCGAACGUAUAAUAAAAAAGAACCACAGUAAUUUGCUCAUUGUUUACAAUAAUUUUAAGUCAGCCAUAUCUUUUGAUACGAAAAUAUUAAGUGUUUUUUCGGAGAAGCAACUUAAAAAAAUGAACAAAAAGGAGCUAGCCACUUUUGAGUUUGAGCCCGAACUUGAUCAUAUUUUUAAGGACAUUUAUGAGUUCUACUUUGCCUCCCUCAUUUAUAACUGCAUCAUAGAGAAUUUGGCCGCCGAGCAGUCCGCCCGAAUGACAGCUAUGGACAACGCCUCCUCUAGUGCCACCGAAAUGCUGGACGCCCUUUCUCUGAAGUAUAACAGGGCGAGACAGUCUAAAAUUACGUUGGAGCUUAUCGAAAUUAUAUCCGGUGCGAACGCCUUGUAG